UUUGCUUAGGAUUUGGUUUUAAAAAGUGGACGCUGGACCGCGUUCCUCGCUGCAAGCAACAAAACUCAUCCUCUCAACUUCCCCUGUUUCCAUAUAAAUCUGAUUCCAAAUAUGAUUUUUGGUAGAAAUAAGAAAAAAAAUCACAUUGCAACCCAAAAACAAAUCCAAAGAAAACCCAGAGAAAUUGAGAGAUAAGAAAGGAGUUUGAAAACAGAUCCAAAAAACCCAAAUCAAAUCUGAGAUUAUCCCAACGUCCUACCGGGUUCGUUUUUUUUUUUUGUUCCAAAGAAAAAAACUGACCCAUGAACACAGGGAUUUUCUCGGUUUGAUUUGUGUGUGGAAAGAAAAAAUUGUUUACCGUUCAUCUUUUUUUGUGAAAUUGUUGUUGGGUUUUUAUUGUUGUUCAAAAAAUGGAGGUGGAGAAGAAGUAUAUUUCUGUAGAGGAGUUGAAGAAGCACAACAAGCCUGGAGAUUUAUGGAUCUCUAUCCAGGGCAAGGUCUAUAAUGUCUCCGAUUGGGCGAAGGAUCACCCCGGCGGCGAUACCAUUCUGUACAAUCUGGGUGGCCUGGAUGUUACAGACGCGUUCAUCGCUUACCAUCCCGGCACUGCAUGGCAGUACCUUAAGAAAUUCUCCACCGGAAUUUAUCUCAAAGAUUUCGAGGUCUCCGAAGUGUCGAAAGAUUACAGAAGAAUGGCAACAGAGUUUUCAAAGGCGGGUUUGUUCGAGAAGAAGGGGCACGGCGCUCUGUGCUCGAUCACCAUCAUUUCAAUCAUGUUCUGCCUCUCCGUGUACGGAGUUUUGAAAUCCGACAGCGUUUUGGUGCAUUUGAUGAGCGGGAUGCUUCUGGGGAUGUUGUGGAUAGAGGGAGCUUACGUCGGACAUGAUUGUGGGCAUUACCAGGUAAUGCCAAGCCAACUGUGCAACAACAUUGCCCAGAUUGUUGCCGGUAAUUGCCUCACCGGAAUCAGCAUUGCCUGGUGGAAGUGGACUCAUAAUGCCCACCACAUUGCCUGCAACAGCCUCGAUUACGAUCCGGAUCUCCAGCACAUUCCGGUUUUCGCAGUCUCCACCAAGUUUUUCAAUUCGAUCACCUCGAUUUUUUACGGAAGAGUUUUGACAUUUGAUCCUCUGGCUAGGUUUUUGGUCAGCUACCAGCACUUUACAUAUUAUCCGGUUAUGAUGGUGGGGAGGGUUAAUUUGUUCAUCCAGACAUUCUUGCUCUUGUGUUCGAGGCGGGAUGUCCCAAACAGAGGAUUGAACAUCAUGGGAAUCCUAGUUUUCUGGACAUGGUUUCCUCUCCUCGUUUCGUGUUUGCCCAACUGGAGUGAGAGGGUUAUGUUUGUGCUGGCAGCAUUUGCAGUGACAUCGCUCCAGCACAUCCAAUUCACAUUGAAUCAUUUCUCCGGCGACACCUAUCUCGGAGCCCCCAAUGGCAAUGACUGGUUCGAGAAGCAAGCCGCGGGGACUGUCGAUAUCUCCUGCUCAACUAAGAUGGAUUGGUUCUUCGGCGGGCUGCAGUUCCAGCUCGAACAUCAUUUGUUUCCGCGAAUGCCUCGCGGACAACUGAGGAAGAUUGCUCCUACUGUGAAGGAGUUGUGCAAGAAGCACAAUUUGCCAUACAGGAGCUUGUCCUUCUGGGAGGCCAAUAAGGCCACACUCAGGACUCUAAGGACUGCUGCCCUCCAGGCUAGAGACCUGUCGAAUCCAGUCCCGAAGAACUUGGUCUGGGAAGCUUUGAACACUCAUGGCUGAGACCUCUUGAAGAGCAUGUCAAUAUAUACAUAUACACACACACACACACACGCACACACACACACGCACACACACACUGCCCCACACCACACACAAUGGUUUGUUUACAUUUUGCCCUUUUUUUUUUACUAAGUUUGGGGCAUCUAGCUAGGACGAAGAAGCAGAUGGGUUUUGUCGAUUGCGGAUUUGGUAUCAUUUUUCAUUUGGCAUUUCUCUUCUGCAUUAUAUGAUUUCGGUAUGUAUUCUGUCUCUGAACUUGCAGUAGAAAAGGGGAUUUAACUGUCCA